ACAAUGACAGAUCAACAGUGAAUUGUUUGGAUUUGCUAUUAUGACCUGAUUGAUAUUGCUAUAGAGAAAAACAGGUAGUUUUAUAAUUUUUUAUAGAAUAAUUAUUUUAUAGUAAUAAGUACAUAUGUAAAAAUAUUCAUAGUCACAUCAUUGAAAUUUUUAGUAAAAUUGGGUAAAGGGUUUUUAAUUGUAUAUUUUGUUGACACAAUAUGACAUGGAUGUGAGCCUUAACUUGUUAUUAUUUGAUUAACAAUAAAGUCUCGAUACUCGUUUCACACAGCGGUACUUAUUUACUACCAACCAUCUCAGCAGCGGACAUUUAAACGAGCCAAAUCAAUGCAUAAAUAAUAUUGAAGUUUUGUACAUAUAAAGGUAUUGCUUUGAACAAAAGACGAGUAUUCAAUCUCUUACCUGUGUUUGAGAGAUUUUUAACAAAAGGGGGAAGUAGUAGCUAUCAUGUGGUAGGGUCACGACUGACUUUUAGUUGAUUUGAGACAGAUUUAAACGAGAAGGACAACACGAUAUGAGGACUUUAAACAGGCUUUAUAUAAAUCCAUGACAAUCUGUCAGACCAACAUUCAGACAAGUUCUCCACAUUCUCAUCAUUUAUAAGUUGGUUUGAAAGGCAUGAUAAACAAGAUUUGAUAUCUGUUGUAUGAUGAAAAGAAACACUUGAGAAGUUCCAUGAUGAUUUUAAGCUGGGAUUUUGUUCCUUGAUACAUUAUAAUGUAAAUGGUAACCAAUAUCAAAAGAAAAUGAUUUGUUGAAUUUGACUUCCAGUAUAAAAUGAUGAAUUUGUAUAAUAAUUUAUGUAGAAUUAGACAUUGAUAAAAGGAUUGUGACAUCAUGCUUCCUGAAUCAGAGAAAAUGAACGGUUCUACUGUCAAGACAGAACCAUCUACUGAAAUAAAGGAAGAAAUAAAAGAGGAAAAUCCCUCAGAACAAAACUUGACGAAAAAUCAUUCAGGUCCACCCAGUAAUAAAUUAACAAAUGGUGAAACAGAAAAUAACAACCAGAAAGGAGAAAUGAGUGCCAAUGUUAAACAGGAAAGUAGUGGGCAAGGACCUGUUACAGAUAACAGUUCGUCAAAAUUACCAAAUGAAAAUGUUCCAACUACUCAGAGCAUGCAACAACCUCCAUCUUCAUCACAACAGCCGAUUGUAUCAUCACCGCAAGGAGCAUCAGUGUCGUCAACUAGUAAAACUGUCAUGUCGAACACUACUUCUAUGGCUCACUCUAUGUCUAGUGAUAGUCAUUUCUUACAACAGCAAAGCCAGAUAUUUGUGUUCUCUACCAGAAUGGCUAAUGAUGCUGCUGAAUUAGUGAUGGCAGGAAAAUACAAAAAUAUUCUUAACUUUCAUACAGAUCAACCAGAAACACAGAAUUUUUUACAGAAAAACAAUAUAAAAAUUACACCGAUACAAAAUAGACCUCAAAUGCCACAAAGUAUGAUGGGAGUGCGUCCAGGAAUAGUUAAAACCUUUCGACCUGGUGUGCCAGGUUAUCAGCCAAACCCAUCACGUGUUGCAGAAUGGGUACAAGAACAAGAGUCACAUUUACAAGAUCAAAACUUUAACAUGGGUGGUGGUAUGAACCCUAGAAUGCCAAAUAAUAGCAUGCGUAUGAUGCAUCCGUGGCCUUCAGGUGGACCUCCUCAAGGAUUUCCUGGAAAUUAUCCUAUGUUUCCAGAGGGAUUUGAACAAGAAAUGAUGUUUCAUUCUCAAAACACAAAUUUAUCACACCAUAAAGUUCCAGAUGAAAAUUUGACUCCAGAACAAUUAAAGAAACGUGAGGAAUCUUUAACUAAUUUGCGAAAAAUUCAGCAAAUGUUAUUUCCAGAACAAAGAGGUGGUGGUCAUCCUGGGUUUGUACAUAUGCCUGGGCAAGGCCCUGGUCCAGGAGGAAUGAUGCCUAAUGAAAUGAUGAUGCAGCAAAAUAUGAUGUCACCAGAGGGAAUGAUGGGAAAUCAGCCUGGCAUGAUGGGACCUGAUGGAAUGAUGUCUGUAUCACAAGGUUGUCCAAUGCCAGGAGGUCCACCAAAUAUGAUGAUGUCACAUAUGAGAGGCCCAGGUCCACAAGGAAUGGGACCUGGUCCACAAAAUAUGCAGAACUUGUCACCUCCUCAACGUGAAUGGUUACGUCUGCAACAGGAAUAUUAUAUGGAUAAGCGUAGGCAUCAACAACAACAAAUUGCUCAACGAAUGGGACAUCCAAAUAUGGAAAUGUCUGGUGGUCAGCAGUGGCAGCCACCGCCACCCUCAUAUUCUUCUACAAUAUCUCAGAAACGUCAUGGCUCAGUUGGAAGUUUAUCUACCUCGCCUAAUAACAACGGACCAAUUGGAUCACCAAUUCCAGGAUUUGAUCCAAAUGAUCCGCUGGGAGGUGUAUUUCCACCACGACAACAAAAGUCACCUUUUACUGGAAUGAAUCAUCCAGAGUUUGGUGGCAUGAACAUGGCUGGACCAACUGGAGGUCCAGGAAAUUUUGAACAAUCAUUUGGUCCACAUGGUGUACCAAUGCAUCCUGGAAUGGUACCUAUGAUGAGCAGGAAGAAUUCUCAGGUGACUAUUCAAAGGGCAGGUAACCCCGAACAGUUUAUACCAGAAAUUAGUACUUCACCAAUACCAGGAUCUAAUAAACCACCACCCAGCUAUGCACAAUCACAAAAACGAAAACGUGUUGACUUAGAGGAGGAAUUGUACAAAAACUUACAACCGACUCCAUCUCCUCAACAAAUUAAUUAUAAUUUAAAUCAGUUUGAAGGACAAGAACUGACUAUUACAAAACAAUUAAAUGCAGCAUAUCGUGAGCCUAUCCCUCCAAACGACCAGUCCCAAAAUCAUUCAUCACAAAAUCAGGUUCCGCAUUCACCAAUGCAUGGGCCAGGAUCUAAUCGAGGACCCAUGUCAAACUCAAGUCAGACAUCAAGUGGACCUUUAUCAAGUCCUGGUCCAAUGCCAGGUCAAAAUCCUACAUUUGGUGCUUCAAUGAGGCUAUCACAUUUUGAUCCUUCACCAAAUUCAAAUAUGUCAUCGAAUAACGGGCCACAUAUGCCAUCGAAUGCUGGGCCACAUCUAACACCUUCAACAAAAUCCUCAUCAAUGUCAAAUAUCACGUCUGCAAGUUUAGCAAAUUUAGCCAAAGGUGUAGAACAUUUAUCGAAUCAAAUGCAACAGAACAUGAUGCAAGGGGGACCGUUUCAUAGUAUUCAGAUGCAGGGACAACAAGGAGGUGCGAAUCCUAAUUCACAAAAUAGUGCUUCAGUGACAAGUAGUGUUGAAACAAGUUCUCAAAAUCCGAGUGCUCCUAGUGUAAACAAUACGUUUGUAAAUGCAACCAUGUCAAUUCAACAGUUAAAUAUUCAAAGUGUAAAUAAUCCACAUGGGCAUGGAUAUAAUCCAACAAUGUCUGUCCAACAAAUGAACAUGGAACAACAACAACACUCUCAAAUGACCGCUAUGAGUAACAGUGGUGUACAUGUUCCUCAGGGUAUGCCAAGUUCACAAGGUCAAGGUAUGCCUUGUUCAAUGCCUCAGGGUAUGCCUAUGUCAUCAACUGGUCCAACGUCAUCAUCAGGGGCAAUGUCACAACAAACACCCAUUGCUAUGGGACACCCAGGAAUGAGAAAUAACCCUCAACAAAUGGGCCAUGGUCCAGCCCAUACUAGCUCAAGUGCUCCACCAAAUAUGAUGACUCAAGGAGGAAGAAUGAGUCCAAAUUUUUCUGCUAGCUCAAUGGGAAAUGCAAAUGUUCAAAUUCAGGCUAAAGCACCUAAUACUAUACAAUACUUACCAGCCCAUCCUCCAACAAACCAACCUGGACCACAAGUGUCGACUAAAAGACCUGACAUUGAAUUCAUGCAACGAUUUGCUUCUCCAAUGGGAAAUAUAGAAAAUAAAGUGCCGACUUCAAAAAUGCAAUAUUUUCCACAAGCAAAUCAAGCCCAAUCUGGAAUGGAAAAUUUUGGUCCAGGAAUGCAACCAAGUGGUCGAUGUUCACCUUUCGCUGGCCCGGGUGUGCCAAUGAACUCUGGAAUUGGUCCACAUCCAAUGCAAAGAGGUGGAAACAUGCCUCAGGAAAUGCACCCAAAUAUGCCGGGAAAUGGUGGAAUGAAUAUGAUGAAUACAGAAAUGCAUAACCAAGAGGCUAUGAUGAUGUCAAACCAAAUGGCAUCCAUGCAAGGAGGUAUGCCUCCAGGAGGUAUGAUGUCCGAACAAAUGAUGGCUAGGACUUAUGGACAAAUGAGUGCACAGGGAGCGAUGAUGAGUUCUAACAAUGGAAAUAUGAUGAGAAUGGAAGGAAUGGCAACUAUGGCUCAUCAGAACUCUCCGCCAUUCCCGGGAGGUCGUGAAAAUAUGAUGGAAAUGAUGCAUGGUGGUCCAAUGCCAGGAAGGAAUUUUGGACCAGGCAUGGAAAGGAUGUCUGGUCAAGGUCAUGGACCUCCUAUGAAUCCUAUGGGAAAUUAUGGACCUAUGUCUAGGCAAGGUGGCAUGAGAAUGUCAGGACCUGGAAACCCAAAUAUGCCAAAUAUGUUACCAAAUGGACCUGGUCAUAAUCCAGGGUACAAUGCUCAGUAUGAGCAAUUUCAGCAACAAUUGUAUUCUCAAGGAAGAUCAAGACAAAUGUCUCCAAUGGGAGGUGCAAUGAUGCCUGGUCCAGGACAGCCACAGUAUAUGAACAUGAUGCCAAAUAUGCCAUGAUCAAAUGUAUUGUUUAUGAAUGCUUUACAAUUUGUUUAAUUUUCUGUCACUUUAAGCAUGACAAUAUAAAUAUGCUUCCAGAUUGCUUUAAGCUCAGUGCUAACCAAAAGAAUUAUUAACUGAGAAAUUUCCCUUUUAUAUUUAAAAUGUUUUUCCAUUUUCACAUUUGAAAUAGACAGCUGUUUCAAUACAUAAUCAGAAAUUUUUCUGUAAUUUUGUUAUUUAAAUGAUCAUUAGUAAGAUCUUAAUUGAUGGAAAAGUUUUAUUAUUCUUUUUUGGGAACCAUUUUAUAAUUUGUUGAAAACAAAUGCAAAAACUUUUGAUGAAUUUAUAACUUUAAAUGAAUAAACGUAAAUUUGGUGGAAGCAGUUAUCGUGAAAGAUAUGCCAAAGCAAACACUUAAGGUGCAGGUCUGGUCAUAACAGUAUUUUCUUCAGCUGGAAGCAUAAUUUGUAUUUUAUAAACAAUUAGAUUUUAUGAUAUUACCACAAAACCUGAAAUUUUGAUUAUCAACUCUUUCAUUAUUUUUUCAAUCUUUGACUGGCAGCUUUUAUAGUAUUUUAAAACCAUGUAACUGUAUUUGUUUAAAACGACAAAACAGUCUUUUUUACAAGUAGUUAUUUUUGCAUCUUAUAUCAUCAGAACUCCAAAAGUAAAACAUCUUUAACAUAUCAUCAACACAUAUGUGAUUUGUAAUACCUUUAAUGCUCGAAUCAUGUGACUUUAAACUGUUUGAAUAUUUAUGAAGUUGAUAAUCAAAACCUUUAGAGCACUGUAUAGUACUUUCUUAUUUUUAAGAAUUUUUAUUAUUUUCUUUCAGUUAUUUAUAAAAAUCAACAUGUGACAGUGAGAUUUUUCUUUGCUAUUCAUAUUUCCUCAGCAAAACCCUAUUUAUGUAAAAAUAAUAAUUCAUUAUUUAUAUUUAUAAAUUCCAUUGAACAUCAUUUUCUUGAACACCUAAAGGACAACCAAAUAAGUUUCAGUGAAAGAUAUCUUCUAGUUGUUGAUGAUUCCGCAGUAUGUUGCAAAAAUUCAUUAUAUUUUAGUUUCUUUCCUUUCUCUGUUAUGAUAUAGUAUUUUUGUAGAGCAGUAAGCCCUGCCCCCUUUUCUGCCUUUUUGCUUCUCAUGCACCAGCAUUUGACUCUUGUUUUAGAAAAAUACAGUGAAAUCCAAUAAUCAAUUAUUUCUUGUUUCUUUAUCAUUGAUAACUAAACUAAUAAAAAUUUUGGUGGAAAUUUUAAAAAGUUGUAAUUUUAAAUUUUGCUAUAUGAGUAAAGAUAAAGAUUUUAUUUUGUAUGCAUAAGCAAGGCUCAGUAUUAACAAAAUGUGCUUUUUAUACCCUGUACAAAAUUGUAAGGGACCUUAUAGUAAUGCACUAAAUCUGUAUCAUACUAAAUAAAAGAGAUAAAUAAUUGAUAUGCCACAUUGGGUAUCCCAGUAAAAGAAUUUCAUGAAACUAACUAAAGGCAUUCAAGUGUAAAAUGUAGGUCAUAGUGACUCAACAGUUUCAAAUGAGAGGCCUAAAGUGAUUAAAUGUUAUUGUUUCAUACUGGGAAAGAUAUUAACCCACAGCAAGGGUGUCCAGGUGUCCAAGGGUAAAAUGUGAGUUGAAUGUAGUAAUGUAAAACAUGAUAGUUGAAAAAAAUCACAUACCACAUGGAGUUUCCCAAAGAAUGAGAUUUAAUCCUAAACUUAAUUAAAAUGUUAAGACAAAACUACACUUAUGAUCUACAUUUUAUGCUUGAGUAAUUUUGGUUGAUAUCUCUAUUCCUUUUUCGAUAUAGCCUUGAUAUUUCACCUCUACAAUAUUCUUAAACAACAAAAUUUUUGUUUACACAUACCUUUGUUUCACAAUUACCUAUCUGAGUUUGGUUAGUUUUACAUAUGUGACCUGCAGUAUUAUUGGUUUAAGGUCAGAACAUCCACAUUUUAUGGAAUCAUUUUUAGUUAAUUCUUAUAACUUUUUGGCAGAAUUGACUUCUGCUCCAUUUAAAAUGUUUUUUCUUUAUGUAUGUACCUUGAAAGUCACCUUUAACAGUUUUGAUAGACGGUAUAUUUUUUGGAGAUGACAAUAUGUUCCAAGUAAUCCCACAAAACUUAGAUUUUUCUUGUAUAUUUUUUUUAAUCAUUAAUACAAGAGAAAUUCUGCAGUAAGACAUUACUAUUGCUAAGUAUCAUGAAAGUGAGAAUUACUCAAUUGGUAUUAUUAGUAAAGAUGUCAACUGAAAGGUCAAAUGUUUAUAUGGCUACCAAAUACUUACUUUGCUGUGACUAAAUAUUAUUAUUUAACUACAAAACCAGGUGAUGACACAAACUUUUGUACUUUUUCUUUAUUCAAUGGAUUGUAAAUCUUUUUGUAAUUUAAUCUUAUAUACCAAAUGGAUGUAUCUCACCAAGACAGGUUUUAUAUUUGAUUUCAUAUUACAGAGAUGCUUCUAUUCUGCUCUUAAGCGCAUUUCUGCUAUAGAAAAUAUGGAUUUGUUCAUUAUGAUCUCCUUAAUAUAUUAAAUAAUUGGCUUUGGUUUUGAGCCAUAUCCAAUUAUAUUCUUGAUAUGCAAAAUUACCUCUGAUAAAAGAACAAUGACUAAGAUUCAGUUAAAUAACAUUUAGUUUAAAUGAUUUCAAAAUGAUAUUUAAAUUCGGUGAUUUAUCUUCUUUUUAUUUUUUAAUUAUUACAGUCUUGUACAGUAAACGAAAAAUGUAAUCCAAAUCAUGUUGAAGCUUUCACAUUCAAGUACUGUAUAUCCAGUCAGAAAUCUAUUUGAACAAAUGGAAUUUUUAAGGUUUAAUUUCUUGACCUAGAUUGACAUGUUUUAAAUGUUGUGGUAUAUCUUCAUUGCAUUGCAUUAUGGUAAUCACUUUCCUUGUUAGGCGAUAUUAGACCAUUGAGCUCGCGGUCAGGUUGCUUUAAUCAUGAGAAUGUUUUAUUUACUAAGUGCCUGGGCGCAUGAAAUAUAAUAUUUAUUGUAAUUGACAAAUUUCACGUUAUUGAAAUUAAUUUUUUGGUAGUAAAGUUAUUAUGACCUUUUGUACAAAGUAUAUAUUACAUUUUUUACCUUCAUUUUUCUAUACCAUUUUAUCAUCUGUUUAUAGUACAUUUGUAGAUUACUUUUCUCAUCAAGGUUGUACAGUAUUUUGUAACUUAAAAUGAAAUUCAUUAAUGAUUUUACAGUUAAAACCAAGCAUUGAAAUAUAAGAACAAAUUGUAAAUAAUUUAAUUUUUUGUAUAUUAUUUGUGGUUAUUUAGAAUAUUAGGUUGUAGUCUUUAGUCUUAAAGAACGAAAAAAAAACCUGUUCAUUUAAAACUUACAGAAAUUGUUGGAAAGUCUAUUUUUGAUAUAUUUUAUAUAAUAUGUGACUGCUGACAGAUUUAAUGAAAGAUGAGAUGAAAUGGUCUUGUAGUCUCAAGUGUUAUAUAUAUGAUUUAAAACAAUUAAAGUAAUUAUUUGGUUUAUUUUUCUUACCUUUCAAGAUAGAUUGUAAAUUAUGCAAAAUUGACACAAAUGAUAUUUCUGAAUUUUGUAUGCAUGAAUUGAAUUAAAGGGUAAAAUUUUCAUAUGCUAGCUUUAAAGCUCUUGAAUGAUAUUUGUAAUGGCUGUGAAGUUACAAAGUUAAAAACUAGGAUAUAAAUCAGAAAUUAUUUCCUGUAGCACUAAAAACAAUAUGUGACUGCAAAAAAAUUAAUUUGGUAAAGCCUUUUGGCCACAAUUGUAAAAUUAGCUAAGUAAAGAACAAAAGAUUUGUGGGAGGCAAAGAACAGCUUAUAUUUGGAUUUGUUUAUAAAUAGUGAGUUAACAUCCUUUCAAAGAGAAAAAUAAAAUAACUCUUUUUGUUUUAGGUAGUUAAACAAAACAAUGAAAAAACUACCUGUAUUGGUAAAAUUGAAGCUGUUGAAAAUCAAAUACUAUUUAACUUUUACUGGAAAUUUUAAUGGAAUUUGUAUCCUAAUAGGAAUGAUAUGAUUUAUUUAAAUAGUAUUAUCAAGUAAUAUAAUUGUUACAAUAAAAAAUCACCAAAUUUUGUCUUCAUUAUUAUCUCUAUUUUGUCAAGACUCAAAAUUGGUUAUUUACUUUUUUCAUAGAUUCUUGGAAGUCCUUUUUAGCUGUCUGCAUGGCAAUUUUUUUUUUUUUUUUUUUGCAAAAUGUAUUCCUUUUUACAAGUUUGAAACAAAUUUAUAUUCACUUUUAUUUUUCAAGUUGCAUAAAUAAAUGGGUAAAAAAGUGUGUUAAUUUACAGUAUAAAUCCUGAAUUUGAGUUAAGAAUUAAUGUUGACUUCAUGUUACUAUUUCAUGUGUUACAAUUUGACUUCAGUGUACUUUCUAUAGAUUACAAGACCAUUUGAAAGGUGUCAGAUUUACUGUCUGUGAGUUGUUACUAUAGAGACUGUUGGCUAUAAAUAGAACAAACCAUCUGAGACAUCUUUAUGUUUAAUAAAUUACAUGAUACUACA